AAACACACACACACACACACAUUUCAAAUCUUAAAAGUUUUAUUUUAAAUUUUUGGGUAUGAAAUCCGUCCCUGAUAAUCAUAAUUUUCAAAAUUACCAAUUUUAUUAUCAGAAUUGGAAAUCUUAUAAACCCUAGGGACGUUUGCAGCCUCCUGACGCCAUGGAUGAGCUUCCCUCCAUUUUUCACCACAUUUGAAUCUCUCUCUCUCUCUCUUUCUCUCUCCUCACUUUCUCUCUCUACACACUGUUACUGGUUCGUCGCAUUUAAUUCAGAUGAGGAAGAAGAAGAAGGACGACCACGAUCCCUUCUUUAAAACCCUAAACAUUCUCCCGCCUUUCCGUUACUCCAAGACCCGCCACAUCCGCAUCGCCGACAUUCUCGUUGAUGAAGAAUUGGGAUCCGAAACCGACGGCUACGAUUGCUCCGGAGACUGCAAUAUGGUUGGACACCCGCCCCACCUCCCCGAGGACAACGACGACGACGACGACGGAUUCAUGGCCUUACAGUGGUCCUCCCCGCGCCGUAUCAUUUCCCGAUGGUUGUCGACUCUGAAGCAAGGCAAACGGAGGCGAUGCGAGGCCGUACGGAGCCAGAAGAGACCGAAAGAGGUUGCAACGACGGAGAGGGAGACUGGAGACGAGUCAACGCACGCCACCUGUUCGACGAAUGGAUUGAACGGCGGUGGCGAGGAAACAGAACCAAGACAGAUUGUGAAAGAUGUGAGCUCAGUCAAUUUGGGAGUUGCGUGCGGUUUGGUGUAUCUGAUCGUCGCCAGUAAAAAUGAGCUUGCAAAGACGGCGGAGUUGAGGGCGGAGAUGGAGCAGUUGCUUCAAAAUGCAAAAGAGGAAUUGCAGAGCACGAAUUCGCGUUUCGAUUCCAGGCCGGUGGAGUCGAAUGAGAUGAAUUUUGCUUCUUCCACAACCGAUCUCCAACAGGCUUCGAGUUCGAGCUCUGAGAGCCAGUUUUCGCUUCAAUCUGGCAUGGUCCGGGAAGUGUGCUCGGAAUAUGUUAGAAAUGGAGAAGGAGAAGUAGAAAGGGAUAAAUGCGUGAAGGGAAUGGAUCAACUCGAGGCAGAGCUUGAAGCGGAGUUGGAACGAUUGCAGCUCCGUUUAGAAUUGGAUUCGGAUAAUCAUUCAUCCAUUUCAAACUACACGCAGCAGCGAAGAUUAAAGCCUGUUCAAGACACAGCUCAUGGAACAGGCGAUGAUGGUACCUCAGAUUUUGGAGAAGAAAUGGACACUCAUGAAGCAGAACCAGCAGAUUAUAACGAAAUGCCCUGCGACUUCGGAGUACCUGCACUCGAACUCGAGAGAAGGCUGCACGAACUGCUGGAAGCGAGUCAGGAAGAAAGGAUAAAGGAACUCGAAGUUGCAUUAGAGUACAUGAAGGGCAAGCUUCAGGAGAAGGAAAUGGAGGUUUCGUGGUGGAGACAAAAUGCGUCUGCAGCACUAACAUCGCACCACCAUCUAGAUCCUUCAUCGUCGGGUGCUUCCCAGCACAGUUCGGAGAGUACAUUUCACUUGUUUAGGGUAAUUAUCGCAUAAUGCGAAGGUAUUUCUGCUUCGAAGCCAUAAACCCAAUUAAUAGCAUAGCAUCCAGAAAGAGUAAGGAUACCAGAGCCACCAGUAGCAAAGGGUGAGGUUGAAUAAACUGGUUUGUGGUUACUAUCAUAGGUGAGUCUUCUUACCGACGGCAGUAACACCAAAGGACGAUUUGAGGCAUCCUACGGAUGAAGGAUGAAAAUUUGCUCAGCCAGGUGAUACCAAGAGGCUGUUUAGAGUAGUUUCUGAAGUCUUUAGUUUGCCCUGAAAACUGUGUUUUCUCGAGGCGUUUUCUUCGAACACAAGCAAUUCAUGUGUUUUCCUGAGGCCUUUUCUUCGAACACAAGCAAUCAAUUUUGUCUUCUCUACACGCUGCUGCUGCAAGUAAUGCAAUUGGAUGUGAAAGGACGCAUAUGUUGUUUGGGCUUUGGACACUACUGUUUUUUUAUUUAUUUUUUUUUUUGUCAGAAGGUAUUAGGGACGGUGGUAUGAAGUACAAAAUUUCGGUGCAAGUAUAUACGAUAUGAACUAUUUGAGCUACAAACUCUUUAAAAACACUAUAAUAUUUGAACCGGUGU